AGCUGCGGCAGACACUGGUGGCUGGAGGGAGACGCCGGCGUUGGGGAGAGCACUGCGCCGCGGACCGCUGAGGGAACGCAAGGGCCGCCACUGCUGACUGUUCCCAGCCGUCGCCGAGAGGUGUGGAAAUUAAAACAACACAAAUAUUUUGACCAGGACUUUGAUCAAGCAAAUGCUAAAAAGCCACAUAAAGAAGAUACUUAACAGUCAUUUCUCAAAAAUUAUAUAGUCAACUGAUGUAACAAUGGUACUAAUAUUGGGACGAAGACUAAACAGAGAGGAUCUCGGGGUGCGUGAUUCCCCAGCAACUAAACGUAAAGUUUUUGAAAUGGACCCUAAAUCUCUGACAGGCCAUGAGUUUUUUGACUUCUCUUCAGGAUCAUCCCAUGCUGAAAACAUACUCCAGAUAUUCAAUGAAUUCCGAGACAGCCGCUUAUUCACAGAUGUUAUCAUUUGUGUGGAAGGCAAAGAAUUUCCUUGCCAUAGAGCUGUUCUUUCAGCCUGCAGUAGCUACUUCAGAGCUAUGUUUUGCAAUGACCACAGAGAAAGCAGAGAAAUGUUGGUUGAGAUCAAUGGUAUUUUAGCUGAAGCUAUGGAAUGUUUUUUGCAGUAUGUUUAUACUGGAAAAGUAAAGAUCACUACAGAGAAUGUACAAUAUCUGUUUGAAACAUCAAGCCUCUUUCAGAUUAGUGUUCUCCGUGAUGCAUGUGCCAAGUUCUUAGAGGAGCAACUUGAUCCUUGUAACUGCUUAGGAAUCCAGCGCUUUGCUGAUACCCAUUCCCUCAAAACACUCUUCACAAAAUGCAAGAAUUUUGCGUUACAGACUUUUGAGGAUGUGUCCCAGCAUGAAGAAUUUCUGGAGCUUGACAAAGAUGAACUUAUUGAUUAUAUUUGUAGUGAUGAACUUGUUAUUGGUAAAGAGGAGAUGGUUUUUGAAGCUGUCAUGCGUUGGGUCUAUCGUGCUGUUGAUCUGAGAAGACCACUGUUACAUGAGCUCCUAACACAUGUGAGACUCCCUCUGUUGCAUCCCAACUACUUUGUCCAAACAGUUGAGGUGGACCAAUUGAUCCAGAAUUCUCCUGAGUGUUACCAGUUGCUGCAUGAAGCAAGACGGUACCACAUACUUGGGAAUGAAAUGAUGUCCCCAAGGACUAGGCCACGCAGGUCAACUGGCUAUUCUGAGGUGAUUGUUGUUGUUGGAGGCUGUGAACGGGUUGGAGGAUUUAAUCUUCCAUAUACUGAGUGCUAUGAUCCUGUGACAGGAGAAUGGAAGUCUUUGGCUAAGCUUCCAGAAUUUACCAAAUCAGAGUAUGCGGUCUGUGCUCUAAGGAAUGACAUUCUUGUUUCAGGUGGAAGAAUCAAUGGCCGUGAUGUGUGGAUUUAUAACUCACAGUUAAAUAUUUGGAUCAGAGUUGCUUCUCUAAAUAAAGGCAGAUGGCGUCACAAAAUGGCUGUCCUCCUUGGUAAAGUAUAUGUUGUUGGAGGCUAUGAUGGGCAAAACAGACUUAGCAGCGUAGAAUGUUAUGAUUCCUUUUCAAAUCGAUGGACUGAAGUUGCUCCCCUUAAGGAAGCAGUGAGUUCUCCUGCCGUGACUAGCUGUGUAGGCAAAUUGUUUGUGAUUGGUGGAGGACCCGAUGAUAAUACUUGCUCUGAUAAGGUUCAAUCUUAUGAUCCAGAAACCAAUUCUUGGCUCCUUCGUGCAGCUAUCCCCAUUGCCAAGCGGUGUAUAACAGCCGUAUCCUUAAACAACCUGAUAUAUGUUGCUGGUGGGCUGACCAAGGCAAUAUACUGUUAUGAUCCAGUUGAAGACUACUGGAUGCACGUUCAGAAUACAUUCAGCCGACAGGAAAACUGUGGUAUGUCUGUGUGUAAUGGUAAAAUAUAUAUCCUGGGUGGAAGACGGGAAAACGGAGAAGCCACAGACACUAUUCUCUGUUACGAUCCUGCAACAAGUAUCAUCACAGGGGUAGCUGCAAUGCCCAGGCCAGUGUCCUAUCAUGGCUGUGUGACUAUUCAUAGAUACAAUGAAAAAUGCUUUAAGCUCUGAAGCCGGGAUACCUCACCCAAGAAGCCACACCAAUCCAAGAUGAGAAGUUUGAACAACUCCAGAGUAGGAACUUGACGUCUCUCCUUUGUGCCAUGUACUCAAAAAAGUAAAGAUAAUAAUUGUGCCUUUUCCUCCAGAAUAAUCUAUCAAACUGUAAUAAAACCUUUCCUGUAAUUGGGGGGAAAAAUUUGUUGUUGUUGAAAGUAAUAGUGGUUAUUGCUUGGGUUUUGAGAGUGUACCUUUGUAAGUAUUUGUAAGAAACUUAUGUGGAGUAGAAAAGAAUGUCUGCCUGCAUAACUUUUAGGAAUUUGUGAAUGGUUUCUUCAUUUAUGUAUGUUUAUCUGCAAGCUUAUAUAUUCUUUAUUUUGUCAUUUUAUGUAUAGAAAACUGCAUGACUUAGGUUUCAUUUAGGUUGGAUCACAUAAUGCUUAGAGUGCUUAGAAUGCAUUCUAAGGGGGGACAUCAGUUUCAAAAAUCUUUUUCACUAAAAAUAUAUCCAACCUGAUUAAUUUUAUUGAAGGUUUUUUUUCAGUAAUUGAUAAAAAUGUAAUAACAAUUUGAGUAUCAUAAAAUACUGAAUUAUCAUGACUCACUUCUUAGAAGUGUCAUCUUAUAGUAAACAUAUUUUUGGAAGAACAUUGGGUAGGAGAUAGAAAUGCAAAUGCCCCUAAGAUGGGGAUUAAAAUUAUACGUGUAUUCCCAAGGAAAAAUUAUAUAAGACCGUUGAAGGGAAAAAUGACCACUGUGGCUCUCAUAGUAUUUAUGUAUCAUCUCUAAAUCCUCUAAGGAAGCAAGCACCUUUUCUUAAACCCGGCAAAAGAAUUGAAGUCCAUAUUGCAAUAUUAUUUUGUGAAAACAGGGACAGAUUUUCUCCCUAGCCCAGUAGGGUUUGACCUCUUUAGUAUGGUGCGUUGGGUGAGGUCCUCUUCCCUGGGUAUCCUCCUUUCCUGUGAACAGGCAAAAAUCCUGGCGUCUCCACUGUCAAGUUGCCUUUGAAGGAUCAAGCAGGGACCACCUAUAAGUGGGUCCAUUUUUCUUUUAAAAUUAGCUAUCAAAAAAACUAACAGCGGUAUUUGCAGUGUUUUAAGAUAAAAUUUUCAUUUGGUACCCAUUGUGGAAAAUACUGGUCAGCGUUCUCAAGCUUCUAUACAACAAACAAGUGCUUUUGUGUAGAUUUUUCAACUCCAGUUUAUAAGCUUACUAGUAUUCAGAGAGGAAUGCAAAUUUUUUUCUAAGGCAGUUUGAAUGGCAGAAACGGUAGCAUAGUGAUUACUGUUAUUCUUAAGUAAACAGAUAUAAUAUACACCAUUUUAGGGACGUUCCAGGGAUGUUGCCGGUAGCCGCUGGUUUCAACUUCCCAGGCAUUAUUGUCAUCUUGCAACAUAAUUACAUACUCCUUGUCACAGGAGAGAUGUUGCAAAUAUGUAAUUAUGGUGUCACUAGAUUUAUAUUAAAACCAAGUUAGUAAUCAAAAACCUAACAUUGGUAAACCACUUUUGUUUUCUCAUCUUAGAAUGAUACAGAGAUUUCUAAUAAACUAUACAGCAUCAACAUCAAUGCUUAGCUGGAAUCUGAAUUCUGAGAAAAGCUCUAUAAAGAUCUUAUAAAUUUUUAGGAAAUUUUCAUUUUUCAAAUCAUAAUUUGAAAUGAUAUAUACCUUUUUGUGAUAAUUAUCAGAGCAAUUCAGGAAACAAUUUUCUGUCAUUUUAGUAGAAAGACAAUUGUACAUACAAUUGGGAUACUUGUUUUAAUUUUAGAGUAAACAUCUACUUCUACAAUAUACCUUUUGUAGAUAAUGGAAAUUAUUUAGUUCAGAAACUCUUCGUGGUAGAUGAGACAAUGUAUGAGAAAAGUGUUUUGUAAAUGCUAAGGAUUAUACAAAUGAUACUUGUUCUUUUCAUGUGUAUUUGUAAGAUUUGUGCCCAUAAUACAGACACUUCACACAAAAAAUACCUUCUCAAAAUAA